GAGUGCACCUCUGCUUCGAUAUCAUUAUUCGUGGCGCUUUGUCCGGCUUGGCAAUCGGUUUCGAGAUCGUUUCGAGAAAAAAGAAAUAACAACAAUAACAAAAACAACAACAACAGCGAAAGGAAGAGAGAGACAGAGCUCGAAAGUUUCUUUUUCUCUCUCUCUUUCUCUCUCUCUCUCUCUGUCUGUCUCUCUUUAUCUCGAGUCAAGGACACAGAUUCUGCGAGUGCAGCUUUCUGAACGGUGGAACGGCUCGUCGUCUCUGGAUAUUGAUCUUUCGUUCCCUUUUUUUUUUCUUUUCUCUCCUUUUCCACUCUUCUCUUUUCGUCCCUUUUGCGCAACUUCGGGAGAAACUGUCGCGACACCAAAGGGCGAGGACGACGUCUGUUUGCUGUGUGCGCCGCAUAGAGAUACGGAAGAGCGGAAGACCCAGCGGAGGGUGGACGCGGGGGAGUUUUUCGGAGGAAGGACGAACGAACGAUGGCCACUUACGCGACCUAUAGACACGUCGAGCUCGACAAUGUUGGAUACGGAAAGAAAAGGGAUGGUAAUCCGGUAACCGGAAUUGGUUAUGGAGAAUCACAAAACAACGGACCGGCUGUGCAAAAUGGAACGACUAGCUCGAAUUCCAGCGAGAAAUCGAACGAUACAUCGCCAGCGGCAAAAGUUCCGGCACGUACACGCGUGCCACCUGGUGGAUAUUCAUCCGGACUGUGGUAAAAAUCUGUGGCCUCUUGACAACCGCUAAUCGGCAUUUUCCUUUCGAUUGGCGUCGUAAACCCUUCCAGUAUUGACAAAUUCGACAAAAAUCGGAUUUUCAUUAAUAUCAGUUCAAGAAUAUUGCUGUGAAUUGGUUGAUCCCUUGUUUCGAUAAAGAAAAGGAAGGAAAACAAUGAUUGUACGAAUUCUUUCGAAUGAUGAAUUGUAUUCUUCUGAUUUAUAUUAUUCACAUGCGACGAUAGAUAGAUGUGUUAUGUUGAUCUUUGUAGUUAGAUUCGUUUCAAUAUUAAUUGUGGUUCGUGAUUUACAUUGUUCGUUCGAAAUACGAGUGAGUUUUUAUAUUACGUAGAUUGAAAAGAAGUGGAAAUUAUAUCGAUUAUGGUAUAAAUAUGAAUUAUUCAGAUUUAUAUUGUAUUCUAAAUUUAUAUUCCAAAAAUCGAAUCUUAUUUGGAUAUAUUCAUAAGUUGACUUACAUUCGUUAUUUUUUAUAUUCGACUAUUUUUCGUUUUAUAUUUUAGAUUUUCCUCUCUGAAUUGUCAUUGAGGUUAGUUAAUGAUAUUUGUCUUUUAUUUAUUUAUUUUUCUUUCGCGUUUUUUUUAUUGAUCUUUCUGUUCAAUUGAAAGAAAUCGAUUUUUACGAUGACCAAAUAAUAUUUUUUUCCUUAACUUAGACACUUUUGCACUGGAAGGGUUAAUGCAAGAAUAUAGAGAAAGUAAAUAGAAAAGAGCAAACUGGUCAUCUUUGUGACAAUUCUUAAGUCCUAAUUGCCGAAGCGAGUAGAACAUAGUUAUUCGGUUUUCACUAUAAAAAAAAGCAAAAAAAGGAGAAAAAUGAAAAUGAAUACGUCAUUUCUUUUCUCUUCUGAAAAUCCCCAUUUUCGCGAUUUUUUGUAAGCGCAUAAUUUUAUUCAGGGGAAAAUAAAAAUUGUUCAUGUUUUUUGAAUCAUGAAAGAUAAAAAAAAAAUUUUGAAGGAGGAUGUAAGAUAGUUUUUCUCGAAUAUAUCUUGUUUUCGAGAGAAUUUUUGCCUCUCUACCCCUUUCCAAUGUCCGACCGUUCUCUUUUAAACCGCACCUUUCUAUAAUAUUUCAGAGAUCGUGUUAUUCUAUCGGUAUCGAUAUUCUUUGAUAUUCGUUAAUCCUAUAUUGAUAAGAGAAUAACGAGAACGGAGAGAGUAAGAGAAAGAAAAAGAGAGUGAAAGAGGAAAAAAGUAUGGAAUUAUAUUAUAAAAGGAGAGAGAAAGACACAAAAGACGAAAUGAUUUUUUUCUUCUUUUUUUUCACGAUGAAGUUUUUCGAAAUAUAAAAAUUGUGAAGGAUGUAGAAAGGGAAGAAAAAAAGAGAGAAGAAAGAAAAAAUAGAUCGAUUGAAAAAUGAAUCCUGCCAAAUUUUGAAAGGUAAAAAAUUAGAAGUGAGCGCCAUGAAUCACGCUUCUUUAAAUUGAUAGACUGUUGUCGAUUGAUUUCUUCUUCGGAUAAAUAAAACAAAUUGUAACUUAUUCGAUGAUGAAUAGCGAAAAAUUAAUGAAGAGAAAAAAAAGGUACGAACGUCCAGAAUGAAAUAGAAAGAUAGAUCGUGAUUAACUCGAAUAAUAAUAAGGAAUAAUUAUAAAAUUAGAAAACGUUCGAAAAAAACCUCGGAAUUGUAUAUUAGAAGUAGGCAUAUGUUAUUCGAAAGAAGAAAAAGAUAAUAACAAUAAUAAUAAUAAUAAUAAUAAUAAUAUUAAUAUUAAUAUUAAUAAU